GUGUGACACGUGUGGACGACAUCCAGGGGUAGCAGAAAGGGAAAAUUAUUUUAAUUCUGGGGCUUUAAUUUUCUGUUUUAAAGGAAAUUGGGAUUGAAUCAAGAGGUCUUUUACUCAAUACAUCAAAAUGGGACGCGGGGAAGGACGAGACCAAUAUGAAUUGGCGGCAACUUCAGAGCAGGGUGGCAAGAAACCCAAGACUAAAGGCAAGAAGGAAAAGGAUAAGGAUAUGGAUGAGCUUAAAAAGGAGGUGGAUCUGGACGAUCACAAACUGACUCUGGAUGAGUUGAACCGGAAGUAUGGAACAGAUCUGACUAGGGGUUUGUCCACCUCGCGUGCAAAAGAGAUCCUGGCCCGUGAUGGACCUAACGCUCUGACCCCUCCUCCAACGACCCCUGAAUGGGUCAAGUUCUGUAAACAGCUCUUUGGUGGAUUCUCCACACUGCUGUGGAUUGGAGCCAUCCUUUGUUUCCUGGCUUAUGGAAUUCAGGCUGCCUCAGAGGAGGAACCAGCAAAUGAUAAUUUGUACCUGGGUAUUGUGUUGUCUGCUGUUGUUAUGAUCACUGGAUGCUUCUCAUACUAUCAAGAGGCUAAGAGCUCAAAGAUCAUGGAUUCUUUCAAGAAUCUUGUCCCUCAGCAAGCCCUUGUCGUACGUGAUGGCGAGAAAAUGAGCAUCAAUGCUGAAGAGGUUGUAGUUGGAGAUCUGGUUGAAGUCAAGGGUGGAGACAGAAUCCCUGCUGAUCUGCGUAUUAUUUCUGCACACGGAUGCAAGGUGGACAAUUCUUCCCUCACUGGAGAAUCUGAGCCCCAGACUCGUACCCCUGACUUCUCCAAUGAGAACCCACUGGAGACCAGGAAUAUUGCCUUCUUCUCCACCAAUUGUGUUGAAGGAACUGCAAGAGGUAUUGUCAUUAACACUGGAGAUCGCACUGUAAUGGGUCGAAUUGCAACCCUUGCCUCUGGUCUUGAGGUUGGUCGUACCCCCAUCUCUAUUGAGAUUGAGCAUUUCAUUCACAUCAUCACCGGUGUGGCCGUCUUCCUGGGUGUGAGUUUCUUCAUCCUCUCCCUGAUCCUUGGAUACACCUGGCUUGAAGCUGUCAUCUUCCUCAUUGGAAUUAUUGUUGCUAAUGUGCCAGAGGGUCUGUUGGCUACCGUAACUGUGUGUUUGACCCUCACUGCCAAACGUAUGGCCAAGAAGAAUUGUCUAGUAAAAAAUCUUGAAGCUGUGGAAACUCUGGGCUCAACAUCCACCAUCUGCUCUGAUAAGACUGGCACCCUGACACAGAACCGUAUGACAGUGGCCCACAUGUGGUUUGAUAACCAAAUCCAUGAAGCCGACACCACAGAGAAUCAGAGUGGAACCUCUUUUGACAGAAGCUCUGCAACUUGGGCUGCCCUUGCUCGUAUCGCUGGUCUGUGCAAUCGUGCUGUCUUCCUUGCCGAUCAGGACAGUGUUCCAAUCCUCAAGAGAGAUGUGGCAGGGGAUGCCUCCGAGUCUGCUCUUCUGAAAUGCAUUGAACUGUGUUGUGGCUCUGUCAAAGACAUGAGAGAAAAAUACACAAAGAUUGCUGAAAUUCCCUUUAAUUCCACAAACAAGUAUCAGCUGUCCAUCCACAAAAAUCCCAAUGAUUCUGAAACUAAGCACUUGCUGGUGAUGAAAGGAGCCCCAGAGAGAAUCCUGGACCGUUGCUCCACCAUUUUGAUUCAAGGAAAGGAGCAGCCCCUGGAUGACGAGAUGAAAGAUGCUUUCCAGAACGCCUAUCUGGAACUGGGUGGCCUGGGAGAGAGAGUGCUGGGUUUCUGUCACUUCAACCUUCCUGAUGACCAGUUUCCUGAGGGUUUUGAGUUUGAUACAGAUGAAGUAAACUUCCCUACUCAGAACCUCUGCUUUGUUGGCCUCAUGUCCAUGAUUGAUCCUCCUCGUGCUGCUGUACCAGAUGCAGUUGGCAAAUGCAGAAGUGCUGGAAUCAAGGUUAUCAUGGUUACUGGUGAUCAUCCAAUCACAGCCAAGGCCAUUGCUAAAGGUGUUGGCAUCAUCUCUGAGGGAAAUGAGACAGUUGAAGAUAUUGCUGCUCGCCUUAACAUUCCAAUUAAUGAGGUCAAUCCAAGAGAUGCCAAGGCUUGUGUAAUUCACGGUGGAGUCCUGAAGGACUUGACCUCUGAGCAGCUAGAUGACGUCUUGAAGCACCACACUGAGAUUGUGUUCGCCAGAACAUCCCCUCAGCAGAAGCUGAUCAUUGUGGAAGGCUGCCAGCGUCAGGGUGCCAUUGUGGCGGUGACAGGAGAUGGUGUCAAUGAUUCUCCUGCUCUCAAGAAGGCAGACAUCGGGGUAGCUAUGGGUAUAGCUGGAUCUGAUGUCUCUAAGCAGGCUGCUGAUAUGAUCCUUCUGGAUGAUAAUUUUGCUUCCAUUGUUACUGGAGUGGAAGAAGGUCGUCUGAUCUUUGACAACCUGAAGAAAUCAAUUGCCUACACACUGACCAGUAAUAUUCCAGAGAUCACGCCCUUCCUCCUCUUCAUCAUCGCCAACAUUCCUCUACCUCUGGGCACAGUCACCAUCCUCUGUAUUGACCUGGGCACUGACAUGGUCCCUGCUAUAUCCUUGGCCUAUGAGGCAGCUGAGAGCGACAUCAUGAAAAGACAACCCAGAAAUCCCAAGACAGAUAAACUGGUGAACGAGAGGCUAAUUAGUAUAGCCUACGGCCAGAUUGGUAUGAUUCAGGCGCUAGCUGGGUUUUUCACGUACUUCGUCAUCAUGGCUGAGAAUGGCUUCCUGCCAUCUAAACUGCUGGGUAUCCGUGUGAAAUGGGACGACAAAUAUAUCAAUGAUCUUGAGGAUAGCUAUGGUCAGCAGUGGACAUAUGAGCAGAGGAAGAUUGUGGAAUUCACUUGCCACACUGCAUUCUUCACCAGUAUUGUGAUUGUGCAGUGGGCUGAUUUGAUUAUCUGUAAGACCAGGAGGAACUCAGUCUUCCAACAAGGAAUGAAGAACAAAAUCCUCAUUUUUGGACUGUUUGAGGAGACUGCUCUGGCUGCCUUCCUGUCCUACUGCCCAGGCAUGGAUGUAGCCCUUAGAAUGUACCCUCUCAAGAUAAACUGGUGGUUCUGUGCUUUCCCCUACUCACUCCUCAUCUUUAUUUAUGAUGAAAUCCGAAAGCUUAUCAUUCGACGCAGCCCAGGAGGAUGGGUGGAGCGAGAGACCUACUACUAAAGCGUUCAGUCUGCAUCACACAAAUUUCUUUGCAUGGUUGUCUUGCUGCUCGGAAAAAGUUAACCUCAGUAAUUUGGAUGUUUUUAUAUAGGGAAUGCUUGAUACAAACACUGAGAUCGUGAACCAAGACAUUGCGUGCCUUGUUUCUGAAGCCGGACCAAUUUUAUACAUGUUUUUAAAAGUGUAAUUUAAAUAAACUUCAGUCAGGUCCCAUA